AUGUCGUUUAUCAGUAAAGUCGUUCUUGUUGUUGGCGGAAGUUCUGGUAUCGGCGCUGCGACUGCAAUUAAAUUAUGCGGAGAAGGUGCGAAAGUUGCCAUCGUAGGAAGAAACAGAAGCAAAUUAGCGGAACUUGAAAAUCAAUGCGAAGGAAUUCUUGCAAUAAAUGCGGAUGUAAGACUAGACGAAGAUAUAAAGAGAAUAGUGGAUACGACUGUAAACCAUUUUGGAAAAUUGGAUGUUUUAAUUAACAGUGUUGGUGUUGGUUGCUUUGCAAGUAUUACCGCCGAGAACGCUAUGGAAGAAUUUGAUAAAACUAUGGCUAUAAACCUUAGAGCCGCUGUUUAUCUGAGUCACCUUGCAUUACCACACCUCAUUGAGACUAAAGGUAACAUAGUAAACAUCUCAAGCGUUGCAUCGACUGCUGUAUUUUUCGAAAAUCAUUUCGCUUAUUGUACAUCCAAAGCCGGACUAGACCAUUUUACUAGAAGUAUAGCAUAUGAACUAGCACCUAAAGGUGUCCGAAUAAAUAUCAUCAUUCCGGGACCCGUUAAAACUGGUUAUAUCAAUGGACUCAUAUUAGAUAUAAAAGAACAUGAAAAAUUUUAUAACAUGUUAGAAAACCGAACAGCUUUAGGGAAACAGUCUGAAGCUAACGAGAUUGCUGAUUUAAUAUUAUAUAUUGCCAGUGAAAAAGCAAGAAGCAUUACUGGUUCGUCGUUUGUAAUAGAUAAUGGAAUGUUACUUAAGGGUUAA